UGUCCCGCACACAGUAAACAUCACGCUCCAACUUUCGCUGGAAUACAGGAUGUGUCACCCUUCGCCGGGGCGAUGGCAUCGCAUGACAGCUAACUCUCUGCUCAUUCAACAAGAACGCCGGCAGCGCUCAAGCCGCCUUCCCGGACCGUUUCCUUCUAUGUGUUGCCAUCUCCUUUGUCACUAACUUCCUGUUUUGAAGUGUGGCGGCCAUGCUGUCAGUGGACGUCGAGGCGUGCGGAAGGCUGAAAAGACGCCGCUGCACCAUCGGCUGUUUGGAGGACAGCAAAGGUUUUUACUCAGAGAGAGCCUUGAAAGCAUGGAGCUCCUUGGAGAGCUUGGACUGCACCAAACAGGAGCCACCCACCAAAGCUGAAGGGAAAGAGCAUCACACGGUCAAAGUGAACGUUGGCGGGAAGGUUUUCCACAUUCCAAAAAAGUGCGCUAUUAACUAUCCCAACACGCGGAUCGGGUCCCUGGCCGUCUGUCAAGAUCGAGCCAAACUCCUCACCCUCUGUGACGACUACUCACACGCCAAUGACGAAUUCUUCUUUGACCGUGACCCCGCCUUCUUCCACAACAUCUGCCAUUUCUACAGCAGCGGAAUGCUUUGGAUCAUCACGGAAAUGUGCCCCAUCAGUUUCAAAGAAGAGGUGGCCUACUGGGGUCUGAACCUGAAGAACACUCAGCUGUGCUGCUGGUUGCUGUUGGAGGAGAGGGUGGAUGAGAUGAGGGAGAACAUUAAGGUGGAGAACGAGCUCAUGGCUGAGUUAGAAGUCACGUACGACGACGGGCUCUUUCAGGACAUGGCCCUGGGCGAAGUCCGAAAGAAGCUUUGGAACAUUGUGGAGAACCCGUAUUCGUCAUUUUGGGCAAAGGUGUUCACCGUCCUUUCCAAUAUCUUUGUUCUCAUCUCCAUCAUGGCCAUGACGCUCAACACCGUAGAGGAGCUUCAGAAGGAGAAGAUUUACGGGAAAAGCCUCAUGGAAUGGGUGGAGACCUUCACGAUCGUGUUCUUUGCUCUGGAAUACUUCGUCCGGCUCACCAGCACUCCGAACAUCAAGAGCUUCCUGAAGAGCGGACUCAACUUUGUGGACAUGGUGGCAGUCGUGCCUUAUUUUUUGCAGAUGGUGUUUGAGGCGUUGACCAACUCUGACGGUUGGACCACAAACCAGGACCUGGGGGCCUUGACGCAGGUCAGUCAGUUCAGCCACGUCCUCAGAGUCGUCAAGCUGUUGCGGAUAUUUCGGAUUCUGAAACUGGCUCGCCACUCCACCGGCAUGAGGGCGUUUGGCUUCACCCUGCGUCAGUGCUACCAGCAGGCCUCUUGUAUUUUGCUCUUCAUCGCCAUGGGCAUCUUCACUUUCUCUGCUCUGCUGCACUCAGCCGAGAAGGACGUCGAGGGGACGCCCAUCAGCAGCAUCCCCUACGCCUGGUGGUGGGCAGCGGUCAGCAUCUCCACCGUUGGCUACGGAGAUGUGGUUCCUGUCACAAUCUUGGGUCGAAUCGUGGCCUUUGUCUGCAUCUCCUUUGGCAUCAUACUGAACGGGAUGCCCAUCUCCUUCCUCUUCAAUAAGUUCUCCGAUUAUUACUCCAAGCUCAAGGCCCAGGAGAACAACACUGCAUCCAACCAGCGUCGGGUGAUGCUGAAGAAGCGCCUCAGGAGGAAGAUGGACUUUUGCUUCCACCCUGAAGAGGACAGCGCCAGGACCCCUUCGGAGACAUGAAAGUCUGACAAUGGAGGAGAAGCCGAAGAGGAGGACGAUGACAUGAGCAUAAGAAACAGAAUACUUGAAGACAACACUUGAGCAACAUCUGUGUAAAACUGUGGCUCUGUGGUUUGUGACUGGUUACAGAGCACUCAUGGGAGCCCUUACUGUCGCGCGUUCACAUGCAUUAUUUUGGUUUGACUGUCUACCAAAGUGUGAAUGCCAGUAUUUCGAUGAGGUUAUUGCUUACUCAGCAGAUUUAGUUUUUCCCUGUUUUAUAAAACUGAAGCACAAACCCUUGUUUUUAGAUCAUUAAAUGGCCUCUCCUCCCUCAGACACCAGAGAAGGAUGUGCUGAAAUCACAAAUCCACUUCCCUAUAGUCGCAGAGACAAAUCAUAAGUAAGUGCCCUUCAAGCGCAUCAAACCACCCAUCUUAUCUUAGUCCUCUUGUGUGGAGUUGGUUUGGUGUGUCUUCCCUGGCUGCCUCCGCCUGUGUAUUGAAAUUGUCUUUGUAAAUUUCUGUCAAUAUUUCAUCUGAUCUGAAGGUCCUGCA